CAGUCCAUCCAGCCUGAGUCUAGAGCCUGUAUGGGCAAUAUCAAAGUCUGCAAUGAUGUUUCCCUCCGAAAGGGAGGAGGUACCGGUUGCUUGGGAGGCCGAGCGGCCUGGAAGUCACCGCCCAGGAGUUGCGGAUGCUUUGUCUUGCCACCCAGAGUACAUGACUUGCCUUGUGGGUUCCUAUGAUCUCCGUAAAAAUUUCAAGGAGGAACUCAUUGAGCAUACUGCCAAGGAUCCGGAACUCAGCCCCAUCCUUGAGCAGAUUCGGGCUGACCCUAGCAGUCAGCCUGAUUUCCAUGAAUGUAAGGGCCUUCUCUUCCGACGUUACGGGAAGCAUGACCGAUUGUGUGUGCCCAACCAUGAGCCGAUCAUGACUCAUUUCUUGGAUUUGGCUCAUGGUCGGAGUGGACACUUCGGUGUUGAGAAGACGUACGGGAAUCUGUUGGAAAAGUUUGUGUGGCCUGGAAUGAAAAGAAUGGCACAAAGGUUUGUGGCGGCUGAGUGUGAAGUUUGUCAACGUACCAAACCGUCUCGACAGAAGCCCUAUGGGCUGCUGCACCCUCUUCCUAUCCCUGAUGGUCCGGGUGAGUCUGUUUCCAUUGACUUCACGGACAUGGGGAAGAAGUGCAGAAACGGCUAUUCACAAGUAACGGUGAUCGUCGAUCGUUUUUCCAAAUUUUUGAAUUUGAUCCCAUUACCGCCUCACACCCCAACUGACCUUGUGAUCGAAGAAUUUAACAAAAGGUACAUUCUGCAGUGCGGUCCCCCGAAGACUCUUGUGAGUGAUCGGGAUACCAGGUUCAUAACUGCAGAUUGGAAAGACUUCACCUCCCAGACCUAUGACAUGAAACUCAAGAUGACGUCUGGCCGACACCCCAAAGCCAAUGGACUGGCCGAGGAGAUCAACCAGACCGUAAUCCAACUUCUCAGGGCUCUUAUCGUGCCUGACCAGAACUCUUGGGAUGAGGAGUUGCCGAUUGUGCAGGGGUUGUACAACAACUCCAUCCACUCUUCCACCGGGAUGACGCCUAACCGACUGCAUCUUGGAUGGAAAAUCCGAAAUCCUCUAUCUUAUCUGUUCCUGGAACAGCCACCUGGCCUAACACCUGGCCAGCCAGGCUACAGCGCUAAGUACGAUCGUUUGCUCAAAGUUGUUGUCGCAGCUAUGGAAAGGCGACGCAGUGCCAUGAUUAAGCAUGCAAACAAAAAGCGCCAGCCUGAUCCUUUCACAGUGCGAAGUUAUGUCUGGGUCAAGAUGUCUGAGUUUUCUGAAGAAGAAGGCGUAUCACGGAAGCUUCUUCCUCAGUACUACGGUCCCUGGAAGGUGCUGAAUCGAGUAGGUAAUGAUUCCUUCGGUCCUUCUUACACGAUUGAUGUGCCUGCUCAUCUGCGCACAUACCCAGUCUUUCACGCAUCAAAGCUAUUUCCAUAUGAGCCACCUGAGACGUUCAAGUACCGAGAAUCGAUGAUUCCCCGCGCAAUCAAUGGUGGUCACGAGGUUGAUAGAAUCGUCGAGCACAGUGGAAAAGGGAGAAACAGACAGUAUAAAGUGCAUUUUCUGUACAACCCACUGAAUGACUUCUACUGGAUUGCUAAGAAAGACCUACUGCAGAGUGCACCUCGCGUCGUUAACGCCUAUGAACGAUUGAUCAGUUCUAAACAGCAACCAAAAUUCACUGCUACCUUGACUCCUACGGAACACAACCGAUCUCUCUUUGCUAUCUACGACUAUGAUGCAUUAUGCAAGGACUCUGAUUGAGUUACUCGCUCGAAGGGACCUCGCUCUUGAGGGGGGGGGUAGUGUAAUGACCCGUCAAAACACAGA